AUUUAGAUUUCUGAGUCGGCCAUUUCGUCAGCAAGUUCUUGUUUCGGUUUGGUCGUUUUCAAAGAAUAGCAUAAAGAACAGCCAUAGAGUAUCAAUAAAGUAAUGAGUUAUAUGGUUGAAUUUGCCUGCUGACACAGGUUCAGUAUGAGCGGAUAUAGCGGGGAAAGAGAUGAGGACACUGGUCAGUCGUCGCCAUUUCCACCGUAUCAAACACCAUACCCAGGGAUACUAGAUCGGAGUUUUGGGGAUAGUGAUCCUUUUUUCUUUCUGCUGAAAUUUGCUACCUCAAAUUUAUUUCCACGGCAAAAACAACAACAACAAAAAGAAGACAUGGGCGACAAAGAUGAAUUUGACAAUGGAUAUUCAGCAAAGUCGAGGAAAAUCACGGAGAAUCAGAGCUGCGAAAGAAUCCAACCAAUCUCACAGCUUAUGGAAAAAACCUCUAAACACUAUAAGAAACCACUUGAUGGUAUAUGGUGCAAACAACAAGAAAAUAUAAAAGAUGAAGAGGAAGAAAUAAGAAACAUAUUUCAAGAUGACGAGGUAGAUGAUGCGGAACUUGAAGUUGACGGUGAGUACCGGUACCCAGAUUAUUUUGGUGUCCGUAAGACCGACGAGUGCCAAUUAUCUCCAGCUGAAACGAUAAUAAAAUAUUUAACAAAUCAACGAAAUAACUCAAAAGCUACGAUAACAAAUGAAAGAAAGAAAGAUAUCAAAUGUGACAAAGAGGAACCAAUAUUAGAACCCGUUAACAACACUUUAAACAACCUCCCGUCAGAACUGUCAAGUCCAGCUAGAACACUAAGUCAGAUUUCAUCAAAUACGAAUCCAGCUAGAAUACAAAGUCAGAUUUCAUCAAAUCUGAAUGACUAUCAUCGCAAAGAAAGAACAUUGGACAAGUAUAUGAAUGAAACCCAAGAAUCCAUGCUAAACAGCAACUUAGAGCCAAAAGGACAAAACCAGGAGAAAACCGAUCCCGAUCCAGUCAUAGAACUUGCUAAAGACGAAUCUAACGGAGAGUCUGUUGGGCAAGACUCUACAGGCAGCAAUAGUUCUCGUAAAACAUGCAAUAGUUUAAGCUCGCAAGAUACGGAUGGAGCAAAUGAAAGCGAAAAUUCCUCUUCAGAUGAUUUUGAUGAUAUUGAUGAAAUGUUAUACGACGAAGAUGAAAUGUACAUGGACGGUGGGAAUUAUACUGUUAACGAUAUGUUACCUACUAUACCACAGUCGGACAAGAAAGCACAUGAUACAAAAGGGCUAGGUGAAAAUGCGGGGCGAUACAGUAAGUGCAGUAUUUCUUUAGAUUCUUUUUUGCAUUGGGAUAUUUCAGUUGAUGAAUUUUAGUAGUGGAUGCCAGUGAUAUGAUCGUGGUAAAUGUGCUAUGUAUAUAAAUGUUUAUUUUUUGGUGUUCAAAAUAUUCCAAAGUGAUAUGCUCUACAGAACCCAUUAGAUCGUCUUGAGUAUAUACUAUGAUAUGCCGUAAGCGACAAACAUAGAUAUACAUUUGCGGUACUUCACCAACAGCUGGUGAAGUUUCACAAUCAGUGAACAAUUCUGGACGGGACGCAACAGUAACGGCAUGUUUGGAGACAUUGAGGGUCAGCGCAACAUAAACGGAGACCUGGGAUAUAAUUCCCAUAACCCGCUAUAAUGAGAGAUGAAGGUAACAAAAAAGUUCAAUAUCUCAUCACAAUCUCUGUAUUCUAAGCGACGGUUCAAGCACUUAUCUACAUCCAAGCAAUGGUUCGUAUUUUAUAUAUAUAGCGGACCUCUCUCUACAUUUCUAUUUAGACCAGCUUGUGCAUGAUGAUUUGUGUGGAAGCAAUCAUUUCCUUAUUAUUAAAUAGAUAAAACUUUGUUUGCAAGAUA